AUGUACAGUACACUGUCGGUUGUGCAGUUCCAGUGGAUUGCAAGGCACCAAGGAGGGCAGCAGGAGGUCAGUGCACACUCAGUUGCUAGCAAGGUUUGUGGCUGGGCGGGAGCCAGCCUGACAUUUAGAGUGACGGCAGACAAACAGUCCCUCAGCAUUAUGCUUUUGAUGAUCCAAAGCCUCCAAAGCCCAUCAUGGCCGCCAGCUCUGGGUCUAUUGCAUCAUCCUGGGCCGCCGCCUCGUCCUCGUCAGACACUGCAGGAUGGGGUAGUGGAAGGGUGA